AUGCGCGGUAAAUUAUGUUAUAAUAUGUCCAUGUUCCGGUGUGGAUAUCGGUUGUCCGUGGUCUGCCCGUCAGCGGGUCGAGCAGUUCACACAGUCAAAUUCCAGCAGCGAUUCACUCGACCGCACCAGGACCAGGAUUUCCAACGAUUGUGUGGGUCACGUCAGUGGUCCAAUAACACCGAGCAGCAAUUGAAGGUAGUGUCGGUCAACCGCUGUUUCGGCGGACAGCAACAGGUCUAUGAACAUUACAGUGCAGUGUUAAAUUUCCGAAUGAGAUUUGCUGUGUAUGUACCAGAAAAUUUGGAAAGACCUGCUCCAGUCUUAUAUCAUUUGGGUGGGAUGUUAUGUUCCGAACAAACAUUUAUACAGAAGUCAGGGUUUCAACGAUGGGCAGCACAUUAUGGAAUAAUCGUAGUGUCACCAGAUGUCUGCCCUAGAGUUAAUUUAGGUGUUGAGAAUAAUACAAUUGAAGCUAAUGGCCAGUCAUAUUAUGUAAAUGCCGUGAAAAAACCAUGGAGCAAAAAUUUCCAAAUGUAUUCAUAUGUUAAUGAAGAGCUACCUAGUAUUAUUCAAGAGAAUUUUAAUGUCAACAAAGACAAGCAGUCAAUCAUGGGUCACAGUAUGGGAGGUCAUGGUGCAUUAAUAAGUGCACUUAAAAAUCCUGGAAAGUUUCGUUCAGUCUCAGCAUUAGCUCCGGUUUGUAAUCCAUCUCAAUCACCUGAUGAACGAUUCAUAUUAAAGUGUUAUUUUGGAGAUGAUAACAAAACAAUGGAGAAAUGGGAUUCUACCUGCUUAGUAGCUGAUUAUAAAGGACCAGAGUUAAAUAUUCUCAUACAUCAAGGAUAUAAUGAUGCUUAUAAAGAUGAUUUAAGAUUGGAAAGUUUUAUAAGCGCUUGUAAAAAGGCAGGAAUUGCAGCUUCAAUAAAUAUAGAAGAAGGAUAUGACCAUGGUUUUUAUUUCAUUUCAACUUUUAUAGAACAGCAUUAUCAUCACCAUGCUAAAUUUUUAUGUGACUCUUAA